CUGAAGUGUGUCAUGGGUUUCAUAUUAGCUUACGUUGACGUACGUAACCACUUACGUUACAGAUUUUUAUGUUAAAUAAAAAUUAUAUGGCAACACUUUUCACACUCUCUGAAUAAUGCAGCAAAUAAACAUUUUGUUGUUAUUAGGACUGUUUAGGUGAAAAGGCGCAAGCAAUAAGUUUUUUAAUAAAAUUGAUAAUCUAAUAAAAAAACGUAAACAUGAGCGAUUACUCAACAAUUAAUGGCAAUGGCGUUGUUUUGGACAAACAGGACAUGUAUGUCUUGAUGAAAUUGGUCAAGAAAUACAAUUUAAAGCAAAGUGAAGAGAUACUUUUCAAUGAAGCAAAUAUACGGCGCGAAGAUCUGGUGGAACUCAACGAUCCCGAUAAUAAUUUUAAUCAUAAUGAACUCAUAACACGUGAUGGUGAACAUAGUCCAUCAUACGAUAAAUCAAUAGAUCCCAAAAUAUACAUUAAAGCCUUCGAAGAUCUGCGUACUUUUGUUGGUGAAGCGCUAGACAUAUACAAGCAUGAAUUGUCUAUGGUUUUAUAUCCUAUCCUGGUGCAAAUAUAUUUUAAGUUUAUCGAACAUAAUAUGGCUGAAGCUGGCCAAAAAUUUAUAGAGAAAUAUGGUAAAGAUUUGGAUUAUUUUUAUCGCGAAGAUCUGCAACAACUGUUGCUGCUGAGGAAACGCGUGCACUUAGUAAACAAUGACUUGGUGGAAGCAAUGGAUAUAGAUAAAUUCAUUAUACGUAUGUCACGUGAUUCACACUCACUUUUCAAACGUCAUAUACAAGAUCGCAAGCAAGAGGUAAUCGCUGACAUUGUGGCAAAUCACCUGCAUUUCGAUACAUACGAAGGCACGGCACGUAGUAAGGAACAGUGUGCUAUCACGUCUGGUGCAUCGAUAGGUGAAGCAAAACGACAAGAUAAUAAGGUGCGUGUUUAUUUUGGGCUACCGAAAGAAAUAGAUAUACAGUUAUUGACCACACCAGCACCGGCACCGCCAGAAGAGGAAGAAGAUAAUGAUCCUGAUGCACCAGACAAACCCAAAAAAAAGAAACCUAAAAAGGAUCCACUAUUUUCAAAAAAAUCGAAAACUGAUCCAAAUGCACCAGCAAAUGACCGCAUACCGCUGCCAGAAAUGAAAGACUCCGACAAACUCGAAAAGCUGAAAUCAUUGCGGGAAACCAUGAAGCGUAUCGCACUUAACAGAGAUUCAUUACCUUCAGUUUGUUUUUAUACAAUACUUAAUGCACAUAAUACAGUUUGCUCCGCCGAAGUUUCAGAAGAUUCAACAAUAUUAGCAGUAGGUUUAACCGAUUCUAGUAUAAAAGUGUGGUCCCUUACACCUAGCAAACUGCGUGAAAUGAAGACUGCAGAGCAACUAAAGGAUGUCGACAAAGAUAGUGAGGAUGUAGUGGCGCGUAUGAUGGACGAACGUAGUGGUGAGCAAUGUCGCGUGCUUUAUGGUCAUAAUGGUCCCGUUUUUCGUUGUGCCUUCUCACCUGAUAAAUUGAAUUUAUUAUCUUGCUCUGAGGAUGGUACUUUGCGUUUAUGGUCUUUACUAACGUGGACUUGUGUUGUAGUAUAUAAAGGACAUUUGUUUCCUAUAUGGGAUGUGCGUUUCUCACCACAUGGUUACUACUUUGCAUCUGGCUCAUAUGACAAAACGGUACGCUUAUGGGCAACUGACACAUAUCAACCACUACGAAUAUUCGUAGGGCAUUUGGCUGAUGUAAGCUGUGUGCAAUUUCAUCCUAACUCUAAUUACAUUGCCAGUGGUUCUGAAGAUCGCACAGUACGUUUGUGGGAUGUCUUCAACGGUCAGUUGGUGAGACUUAUGACUGGUCAUAAAGGAACUAUCACAUCAUUAGCAUUUUCAACUUGCGGUCGCUAUUUAGCUUCGGGCGCGGCGGAUAACAUAGCAAUCGUUUGGGACUUAGCACAGGGACAAUUGAUCACAACUUUGGUGAAACAUACAGGUACUUUAAAUACCAUGACAUUUAGUCGUGAUGGCACUAUAUUGGCUAUUGGUGGCCUCGACAAUUAUUUAACGCUUUGGGAUUUUUCAAAACUUGCUGAAGAGUACAUCAAUCAAAGCACAAAUGCGUCACAUAAUCCUGAUAUCAACGAUGGAGAAAAGUAUUUGCUACGUGCAUAUCCGACAAAAGCGACACCUUUUCUUACGCUGCAUUUUACAAGGCGAAACCUACUAUUUGGAGUAGGUACGUUUAGGUCAUAAUAUUUUCUAUAUGAAUUGUCUUAAUCGCUAAUUUAAAUUUUUUUCAUUAAA